UCGAGGCGGCCUGGCGGCCACGGCACACCAGUCCGUGCUCCGCCACUGGCCUGCUCGUACGCCAGCUCGCGGGUGCGUCCGCGAACCACGGCACGCCACGCGUCACGGCGGCGGCCUCUCGUCACGGCAGCGCACCUACAGUGUGACGGCGGCGGCCUCUUCUCGCGGCAGCGUCCCUACAUUGUGACGGCAGCGGCUUCUAGCCACGGCGGCGUCCCUACAGUGUGACGGCAGCGGCUUCUAGCCACGGCAGCGUCCCUACAGUGUGACGGCAGCGGCUUCUAGCCACGGCAGCGUCCCUACUGUGUGACGGCGGCAACCUCUCGUCACGGCAGUGUCCCUACAGUGUGACGGCCGCGGCCUCCCGUUACGGCAGCGUCUCUACAGUGUCAGGACUGCGCGAGGACCGCGUCACAGCGUGACGGCAGUGCCACGGCGCCGUAGCGCGGCGUGCGGAUAUGGUGCACCAGCCCCGGGCCUGGCCCAGCGCCCCAGUCACAGAUCUCCGAUGACGUCAUGACGUCCAACGCGAUCCGGGGCAUCCGCCGCAAGAAGUCGUCCCUGUCGGAGGUGAAGGUGGCCGUGCUGGGCGCGCCGGCCGUGGGGAAGAGUGCGCUGACGGUGCGGUUCCUCACCAAGAGGUACAUCGGCGAGUACGACCACCAGUCAGAAAACCGUUACAAGUAUGAAGUGCUCGUGGAUGGAGAACCCAUCCUGUUCGAGAUACUCGACACCUGUCCGAAGUCGGAGGAAGACACCCCGGCGUGCGAGUCGCUGCAGUGGGCCGACGGCUUCCUGCUCGUGUACUCCAUCACGGACCGGCGCUCCUUCAACUACGUGCGGCGCGUCAAGCAGCAGCUCCCCGGCGACACGCCGCUCGCCCUGGUGGGCAACAAGGGCGACAUGGUGCACCUGCGGCAGGUCAGCACGGAGGAGGGGGAGAUCCUCGCCAAGGACUACGACUGCUGGUUCUCGGAGCUGACGGCGGCCGAGCAGGUGUCCCAGGUGGCCGAGGCGUUCCACGAGCUCUGCAGGGAGGUGCUGAACGCGCGCCGCGUCCGGAACAAGCAGUCCCUGCUGGACCGCAUGCUGGGCACCAAGUCGCCCAACAUCCGGUCCUACGCCAGGGGCAAGAGCGACUCCGCCCUCCCCCGCGAGUAGCCCCGCCGGACCAGUGGCGGAUCCAGAGCCGGCCUCGCGGGAUGGGGGGGGGGGGUGGGAAAGGAGCACUUUUGGCCUUCUAACAGUGGCAAAGUGGUCCCCCCCCUCUGAAUCCGCGCUUGCGCUGGCCUCCGCGAUGAUGGGUGUCGUCGUCGCGGUGCAGCCACCGCGGCACCGCCGCACCGCGCCCCAGAGGGCUGAACGGCCGAAGGGCUGAACGGCCGAAGGGCUGAACGGCCAAAGGGCUGAACGGCCGAAGGACUGAACGGCCGAAGGGCUGAACGGCCGAAGGGCUGAACGGCCGAAGGACUGAACGGCCGAAGGGCUGAACGGCCGAAGGGCUGAACGGCCGAAGGGCUGAACGGCCGAAGGGCUGAACGGCCGAAGGACUGAACGGCCGAAGGGCUGAACGGCUGAAGGGCUGAAGAGCUGCAGGCGGCUGCAGGGCUAAAGAGCCGGUGAGGGCCGAGGGCUCGGCCGCGCCCUAUGUCCCUGUCCUCGGCCGGGCACUUGGCCGGCUCGGCACGGGUCCAGGUGAACAUUACUCCGAUAUGUAACUCGAGGGUGUCCAUGGUGCGGCGCCGCCACGCCACGCCCGCAGUGAUGCCAACGAGCUGGCGCGGUGCCGCGCGGACAUGACGACGGCAAGGACCGCGAAGCAGGCGAAGCGAGCCCAUAUGUGUGCGGCAGCGGGCAGCACGCCACUGUGUAAAGCUGCCGCCCGUGCUGCCGCCAGCAUCGAUGCCAAACGAUCGCCGGUCAUACGGCGAUGAUGCCUCUGUGUUAUUUGUGGACGUGUAUAUGCGUGUGUUUUUAUGUGGAAUAAAAUGCGAGGUUUGUGUUGUCA